CAAAGGGGAGUUACAAGUACUUGACUUCCCAGGAUCAUUUCAUUUUAAUUAAAAUAACAUAUCCCCAGGUUCCGCGGAUCUUUAUAUAAAACAAACAUCCGUAGUGUACCGUCAUCUCUUCUGCUAAUAUAAGACUGUGCUUCUUUCUGAAGCGAUGAUCAUCCGUUGAUGGGAAUAAUCAGGACUCUUGCCACAAACUUGACAGUAAUUCAUCGGAGUUCAAACCUUCACAAGAAAAUCAUGUCAAGACGACUUCAUGCAAGCAGAACAGACGGUGUCGAUAAAAACGUUUGGGUUGAAUUCACCCAACUGGCAGCAGACUAUAAAGCAGUGAACCUUGGACAGGGAUUUCCUGACUUCUCCCCUCCCAAGUUUGUCCAGGAGGCUUUCUGCAAUGCUCUGAAUGGAGGACCCCUAAUGCACCAGUAUACCCGAGCUUUUGGCCACCCCCCUCUUGUAAAAAGUCUGGCUAAAUUCUUCAGUAGGAUCGUGGGAUAUGAGAUUGAUCCCUUUGAAGACGUCCUGGUCACAGUUGGAGCUUAUCAGGCUCUCUUCUCUGCAUUUCAAGCUGUGGUUGAAGAAGGGGAUGAGGUCAUAAUUGUUGAACCGUUCUUUGACUGCUACCAGCCCAUGGUGAAGAUGGCUGGAGGAAAGGGAGUGUAUGUACCUCUGAGGCCGAAAGCUGAGGGAGGAGCCGUCCUGUCAAGUGGAGACUGGGUUCUGUCUGCUGAGGAGCUGGCCAGUAAAUUCACUCCACGCACCAAAGCCAUCGUCAUCAACACUCCCAACAACCCAUUAGGCAAAGUUUACAAGCGUGAAGAGCUCCAAAUGAUCGCUGAUUUGUGCAUCAAACAUGACGUGCUAUGCAUCAGUGACGAGGUGUACGAGUGGCUGACUUAUGAUGGGGCCGAGCAUGUAAAGAUAGCCAGCCUUCCUGGGAUGUGGGAGCGAACCAUCACCAUUGGCAGCGCUGGAAAGACCUUUAGUGCUACUGGCUGGAAGCUUGGCUGGGCCAUCAGCUCCAGGCAUAUCAUUAAACACAUGAAAAUCAUCCACCAGAACGCUAUUUACCACUGUCCCACAGCUGCUCAGGAGGCAGUGGCUCAGGGAUUUGAGAGAGAAUACGAGCUGUUUGGGACUCCGGAGAGCUACUUCCAGCAGCUGCCUGCGAUGCUGCAGCACAAGAGGAAGAGGCUGGCCUCGUGUCUGGAGAGUGUGGGUUUGCAGCCCAUCAUGCCGGAGGGAGGCUAUUUUAUGAUCACAGACAUCUCCUCUGUCAAGGUGGACUACACAGACCGGAGCUCUGAGGGUGAACCCAAUGACUUCAGAUUUGUUAAAUGGCUAACUAAGGAGAAGGGUUUGGCAACAAUUCCCGUCUCUGCAUUCUACAGUCCGGAGCACAGCAAGGAGUUUGACAAAUACAUCCGAUUCUGUUUCGUCAAGGAGGACUCCACCCUGGAUGCAGCAGAGGACAUCUUGAGAAAGUGGAGUCAGGGACAGUAAAUCCGUCCAUGAUAAGCAGUGUUACCGUCCGUACAGAUUUCAGCAGGCAGCAGAAACAGACUUGUUUCCUCAGUUCAAUCAAGCCAUGUUGAGUGUUUCUGUGUGUGAUUGCAUCACAAUGGGGUACUUUUCCCUAGCGUCCACUUCCAGCUUAUCCUUACACUGCAAUUGUAAAAACACUCUGACUUUGAGAAAAAAUUAUGUUGAAUGCUUCUGUUCAAUGCAUUCAAACAGAAAACUGUGAAAUAAAUAUUUCUCAAUAUUCUAUUUAUCAGUAGAGAUAUUAUUUUGAUUCAAACUCAGAAAUAUUUGAAUAAAGCUCUUAAAUUUACAUGUUCUCUUUUUCAGCAUCUCUGUUCUGUAGCUUCAUUAGCUCAGUGUUGGGCUCAUGCCUACAGGAAGGUGUAUAUUACAGUCUGUGGGUGGCCACAUAAACAGCAUGAAAAUGUACAAGAGGUAUCUUAUAUCCAGAUACAUACAAAUUUAAAGAAAGCUAUUUCAGAGAAUUACAGCCUGAACUGAGUUUUAAUCAUAAUUAAUGAAAUCUGACCAACAGGGUCAAUAACAGUGCUUGUAAAGGUGCUUGAUUCCAGGUGUGUCCACGUUGACAUGCAUUUACAAUUUUCUUCUUACACAUUUAAUACUGUAUGUGAAUUAGUGGCCGACAGUGGUGGAAAGCAAGAAAUCACAUUUUCUCAAGUCCUGUGUACAAUAGUACAAUUCAGAGUUGUUUGCAUUUUAGUUCAGUUUUUCCAUUUUCUGCUACUUGAGACUAAAUACUCCAUAGACUAAAACUACGUUUCAGAGGGAAAUAUUGUACUUUACAUUUAUUACAUACAUACACUACAUUUAUUUGAUGACUUAAGUGACUUUUCAUAUUCAAAUUAAUAAUACAAAAUAUAAUCAACAAGUAAAUUAUGGUGUAAUAUUAUAAAAAACUGUAAAAAAAAACUAUAAAACUGUAUUGAUACUGAGAGGGAAAUAAACAA